AUGGGUUACACCACAUUUUGGAAGCGGCUUUCGCCACGUCAGCUCAAUGUCGCCAUUCAGAUUUUUUCGCUGGUCUCGAUCUUCUUCGAGGGAUAUGAUCAGGGUGUGAUGGGAGGUGUCAACAGUGCCCCAACCUAUGUCACCGAGGUCGGCAUUGGUAAGGCUGAUGGCACAGUGACAGACACCACUCACCAGGGAGGAAUUGUCAGCAUUUACUACCUGGGUGCGAUCUUCGGUUGCUUUGCCGGCGGAUGGCUUGCAGAUCGCGUUGGGCGGAUCAACGGUUUGCUGGCAGGAUCACUGUUCGCGCUGGUCGGAGGCGCGCUGCAGGCGGCAGCUCAAAAUUCGAAUUUCAUGCUGUGUGCUCGUGUGCUCACUGGUAUUGGAACCGGCGCUUUGACUGGAAUUACCCCAGUACUGGUCUCGGAGACAUCCUCGGCGAAACACCGGGGCGGGUUUUUGGGUUAUGUCUUCAUUGCAAAUUAUCUAGGAAUCUCCGUCGCGUAUUGGAUCUCCUUCGGCCUCGCUUUCGUGAAUAAUGGAUACUCGGACGUGCGAUGGCGGUUUUUGUUGGCGUUCCAGUGCUUCCCUGCCCUCAUUUUGGUGGCUUUCAUUAAGAUGUUACCGGACAGCCCCCGCUAUUUGGCGUCGGUGGGGCGCAAUGAGGAGGCGCGCGAUCUCUUGAACCGGAUUCGCAAAGACCGAGCUUCUCAGGAUGAGAUCGACCGGGAAUAUUUGGAGAUUGUCACCACUGCAAAGGGUAGCAAGCCUAGCUCGCCUAUGGAGUUUGUGAAGAUCUUGGUUGGAAAGGGUGGCAAACCAGGCCUCAACCUUGGCCGACGCGCCUGGCUUUGUGUUUGGCUGCAGAUCAUGGCGUCGUGGACGGGCAUUACGGCCGUCACUGCCUACUCUCCCACCCUCCUCGCUCAGGCGGGCUACAGCGACAUCAAACAAAAUGGCCUUGCUGGAGGAAUCAAUACAAUUGGAAUCAUCGGUACUAUCAUCAGUGCUCAGAUCAUUGACCGCCUGGGUCGACGUGUUUGCCUAAUGGGUGGAGCUGCCGUGUUAUUUGCGGUCAACUUGAUUGCUGGAGCCGUUUAUGAAGGCUCUCUGAAACAUCCCGAAAACGCAGCUCAGUAUGCGCCUGGUGCAGUGCUGAUGCUGUUUUUGUUUAACUUGGGAUAUGCUGCCACCUGGGGCACUGUCGCCUUCCUGGUCCCCACGGAGAUCUUCCCGAGUGAUCUCCGAGCCCAGGGUAAUGGGUUCGGAAUCACUGGGUGGGCCAUUGGUGUGGGUAUGACCACUCUAGUGAACCCUAUCAUGUUCAAUGUCAUGACCAGCCGUACAUAUUUCUUAUUUGCUGGACUGAACCUGAUUUGGAUCCCCAUUGUCUAUCUCUGUAAGGCUCUCUCACCUCACUCUUCACCACACAAGCUAAUCCAAGGCUCAAUAGUUUACCCCGAGACCCGCAACCGUUCCCUCGAGUCCAUCGAUGCCCUCUUCUCCGUUUCCAGUCCCUUCUUCUGGAAGAUGGAACAAGCCUACAAGGAACACGGUGAUGUUCUCGCCGAACACGGUGUUGACGCGGACCAGGCUCUCCGUGAGGUCAAGAGCAGCGCCUCUGCCGAGGUCACCACCGUUUAG